UUUGGCAUUUCAAUUGCAUUGCAGCAGUAAAUUUAUUUUAUUUAAAUUUUUAGUUUUUAUUUUGUGUACAAGAAGAGCAAAAUAAUAGAAACUAAUUUAUUUUAAUAUUAAUUUUGAUAAAUAGUUAACCGAAAUGAGCUCUGGCGAAGGAGAUUCAAGUAAAGAAAAAGAUGUGUUGCCAACUGAGGACAAUCAAAACAAACCUCAAGAUGAAGGUAGUGGAGAUGGGCCCACAAUAAAUAUUGACCCUGAAUGUUUAGAGUUAGAUUUAAAUCAUGAAAGGAUUGGAAAGUUGGAGAAUUUGGAGCCUUUAAUUAAAAUAGAAAGGCUUUAUUUGAGGUGGAAUUUGAUAAAAAAAAUUGAAAACCUUGAAACAUUGGUAACUUUGAAAGAGAUUGAGUUUCAUGACAAUCAAAUAACCAAAAUUGAGAAUUUGGAAACAUUAGUUAACCUGGAGAUAUUGGAUUUAAGUUUCAACAGACUUACUAAAAUAGAAAAUUUGGACACGUUGGUAUUAUUAGAAAGACUUUUUUUGUGUGGUAACAAAAUUUCCAAAAUAGAAAACUUGUCUCCAUUUAACAAUCUUGUUAUGUUGGAACUUGGUGAUAACAAAAUUCGAAAAAUUGAAAACCUGGAAACUUUGACUAAUUUGAGGCAAUUGUACUUAGGUAAAAAUAAAAUACCAAAAAUUGAAAACUUGGAUACACUUGUAAAUUUGGAGUGUUUAAGCCUUCAAAGUAACAGAAUUACCAAAAUAGAAAAUUUGGACAAGUUAAAAAAAUUGAAUGAACUUUACAUAUCCGAAAAUGGAAUCGAAAAAAUCGAAAAUUUAGAAGAAAAUACCGAAAUUGAAACAUUGGAUUUGGCGAAAAAUCGAUUAAAAUCCAUAGAUAAUAUUACACAUUUACAUAAUUUGGAGGAACUUUGGCUAAAUGAUAAUGAAAUUCAUGACUGGAAAAAUAUUGAAAUUCUGCAAAGUAACAAAAAUUUGGCAACUGUAUAUCUUGAGAGAAACCCAGUGGCUUCUGAAGUAUUGUAUAGGAAAAAAUUGAAACUGGCGGUCCCUUGGUUGAAAAAAAUUGAUGCAACUUUGUGUCAAUCAUAAAUUAAAAUUCUUUGCAACUAUUGUUACUUUAUUUAAAGUUCUUAUAUUGUAUGUACAUAUAAGGUUUAAGUUGCACUUUAUAAAAAAUUUUAAGAUUUGAAAACAUUUAAUUAUAUUUUUUUUUAUGUUAAAUCAGUUUGUGUACAUUAAAACACUUAUCUUUAGAUUUUAUUAAUAUCAUUUUCUGUAUUAGAAAAAUAAGUAAAACCAUAAUUGUUUAACAAUAAAUUAAGGGUGUUUAUUUAUAAUGAAACCUAAAAUUAUUGAAGA